UUCUUCAGAGAAACUUCUCGCUCAUUAAAAGGAUUCUUCUGCUUUUCAGAGUGAAAAUGGUGGACUAUAAAGUGACAGUAUCCACUGCCUGCCUCGAUGAUGCCGGCACUUCAAGCAGGGUCCACAUUAAGCUGAAGGGAAGAGAUGGGAAGAGCGAACGCACCUGGCUUGAAGGAGAUUCCUCUUUCAUCACAGGAGCUGUGUCUUCUUUCACUGUUUCCUGCCCUGUCUCCAUUGGAGAUCUACAUGGGAUAGAACUAGACAAACAGCCACCAGAAAUACAAGAUGAUUGGUUCCCUGUCAAGGUGGUAGUCCAAUCCUCGGAGGGAGUCACCUACAAGUUUCCCAUUUUCUGCUCCAUCACUACCAGUGAUGUACAAUACUUCAGAGAAGAAAAUGCUUUGGUGGUGCAGGGGAGGUGUUUUUUUGCUACUUCUGACAGGAUAUGGGAAUUAUUUGACCCGGAUUGGCGAGAGAGAUACUAUCUCUGGCAUUUGGAUGGAGAAGGAAUGCCCCAUUGCAUGAAGGCAGAAACGCCUUCUUCUCUGCCCCAGGAGGUCCAGUUCUCCUGGACCAAGACAUGGGAGUUUUACUCCAAUGUCAUCGCUGGGCUGAUUGAGCUGAACCUGAAGGGACUUGCUGAUUCCAAAGAGAACUGGACUGAUCUUGAUGAUAUCAGGGGAAUAUUAAACACCAAGAACCACGUAUCAGGCUAUGUCCGGGAACAUUGGAAAGAUGAUGCUUUCUUUGGCUACCAGUACCUAAAUGGUGUCAACCCCAUGUUGAUCCGACGUUGUUCAGCUCUGCCCAAAAACUUUCCUGUCACUGAUGAGAUGGUCUUCUCCAGAGGUCCGUAUACCUUGGUAGAGGAAAUGAAGAAAGGCAACAUAUUCCUGUGUGACUACAAGCUUCUGGAUGGACUGAAACCAAACAUCAUUGAUGGGAAGCAGCAGUACAUGACGGCUCCCCUCGUCCUGCUCCACAAAACACCUGAUGACAAGCUGAAGCCAGUUGCUAUUCAGCUGAAGCAGACUCCAGCAGGAGACAACCCCAUCUUCCUGCAUACUGAUUCUGAGUACGACUGGUUGAUGGCCAAGGUUUUCGUGAGAAGUGCAGAUUUCAACCUGCAUCAAAUCAAUUUUCACCUGCUGCGCACACAUCUGCUGGCUGAAGUCUUCACAGUGUCACUGAUGCGCAAUGUGUUAAGGAAACAUCUACUGCAUAAGCUGCUCCUACCUCACACUCGGUACACUCUGCAUAUCAAUGUCCUAGCUCGAACAAACCUCAUAUCUGAGAACGGAACUUUCUCAAAGUUUGUAGCUUCUGGUGGAAAGGCUUUGAAGACCAUCCUGAAGCGAUCACUGUCCUCAUUGACCUACAGCUCCCUCUGCAUACCAGAGGACAUCACUGAGCGUGACCUGGAGGCUGUGCCCAACUUCUACUACAGGGAUGAUGGACUCAAGCUCUGGGAUAUCAUCCAAAGGUUUGUGCAGGGAAUGCUCAGCUUCCACUACAAGAGUGAUGCUGAUGUUGAGCGUGACGAAGGACUGCAGAAUUGGAUUUCAGAAAUCUUUGAAUAUGGAUUUCAUUCCCGAUCAUCAACAGGGAUCCCACAGAGCUUCAACACCGUGGCAGAGUUGGUGAAGUUUGUCACCAUGGUGAUCUUCACCUGCUCAGGACAGCACUCAGCCGUGAACACUGGACAGUAUGACUAUGGUGGCUGGAUGCCCAACACUCCAACCACAAUGCAACUUCCUCCACCAACCAAAAAGGGGACAACAAGUGAGGAAACACUGCUGCAGACAUUGCCUAACAAGGGUCAGACAGCUAACGCAAUGUCCACCUUGUGGCUACUCAGCAACUCGGUCUCUGACACCGCACAUCUUGUCCACUACCCUGAUGCCGACUUUGACGAGACGAUCCCCUGCGAGCUGAUAAGGGCCUAUAAAGGAGAGCUUCAAACAUUGAGUGCACGCAUCCGUCUGAGAAACAUGAGCCUGGAGGUCCCAUACACAUACAUGGAUCCAGCGAAGGUAGAAAAUAGUGUGGCUAUCUGAAUAUCAGAAGGAAUAUGUUCCUGAGGUGCUGGCCAAAUUCCCCUUCAUAUUAACCAAAGUAGAAAUGGGGAAAAACUGCAUGUUAUUAAAUAAUGUUGGUGUGGUGGAAGGAAACAAUACUGCGUUUGAUCAUUGAGUGAUGAUCUGGGAAUUUUUUUAACUGCCUGAUUGAUCAAACGGAAAAUAUACAGUUUUAAAUCAUAAUCGAUAUGUUAUUUCUUCUUAUUAGCCCAUUAAUCAAUACACAGGGUAUCUUAAAUCUUAACAAAACAAAUAGCUCCUGGAAAAAUAUUAUUUUGCAUUACAAUUGUAAGACUUAAAUAAACUGUGCCUUAUUACUUAUGGUAAUAAUGAAAAGAUAAAUAUUUGUAGAGGGAAUUUUGUUUUGCCAUAUUCACUACAUGCCGUGUAACGUAUCUGUAUGUAUAAAAAAACUGCUAGUGAGAAGUUUCUUAUGAUAUCCAUCUUUCAUGGACGAAUGGGACAAUUCCAACUUGUUUGUUUAAACUUGUAUGUGAUAUGGAAAAUGUAAUAAACAUGGUGUGGGUCAUCUGAAUAUAAAA